AUGCCCCGGGGGAUGCAGCGCCGCCUCCGCCGCGGCGCAGCGGAGCCGCAGGCGCGGGGCCCCGGCGGGGAGGGGUUUCGCGGCCCCAGCCGGGGGCGGACGGGCGGCGGGGCCGUGUGUCCUGCCCUGCCGGGGAGGGCCCUGCGCAGCGCCGCCGCCGCUGCUCCCGCUCCGCGCACAAUGGCGACUCCCAGCCCCAGCGGCGGCUCCGGGGGGAGCGGGAGCGGGCCCGGCCCGGGCGCCGCCGGCAGCAGCAGCAGCAGCAGCAUGCAGGGUAAACGCAAAGCGCUGAAGUUAAAUUUUGCAAAUCCACCUUUCAAGUCCACAGCAAGAUUUACUCUAAAUACUUCUGGAGUUCCUUUCCAAAAUCCACACAUUGACACACAAGCAACCCUGGGUAGUAAUCACAUUGUCCCGUUCAGUUUCAAAAGGAGAGAAGCGGACCUCAUCCAGAAACUUUCCAGCAGGCUACAAGAGAGACUGAGAACACACAGCAUUGAAUCAUCAGGAAAAUUGAAGAUUUCCCCUGAGCAACAUUGGGAUUUUACAGCAGAGGACUUGAAAGACCUUGGAGAAAUUGGACGAGGCGCUUAUGGUUCUGUCAACAAAAUGGUCCACAAACCAAGUGGGCAAAUUAUGGCAGUUAAAAGAAUUCGGUCGACAGUGGAUGAAAAGGAGCAGAAGCAGCUUCUGAUGGACCUUGAUGUAGUGAUGAGAAGCAGUGACUGCCCGUAUAUUGUUCAGUUUUAUGGCGCGCUCUUCAGAGAGGGUGACUGUUGGAUCUGUAUGGAGCUCAUGUCUACCUCGUUUGAUAAGUUUUACAAAUAUGUAUAUAGUGUAUUAGAUGAUGUUAUUCCAGAAGAAAUCUUAGGCAAAAUCACUUUAGCUACUGUGAAAGCACUAAACCACUUAAAAGAAAACUUGAAAAUCAUUCACAGAGACAUCAAACCUUCCAAUAUUCUUCUGGACAGAAAUGGGAAUAUUAAACUCUGUGACUUUGGCAUUAGCGGACAGCUCGUGGACUCCAUUGCCAAAACGCGGGAUGCAGGGUGCCGGCCCUACAUGGCGCCGGAGAGGAUAGACCCCAGCGCCUCGCGGCAGGGCUACGACGUGCGCUCCGACGUCUGGAGCCUGGGCAUUACCCUGUACGAGCUGGCCACGGGGCGAUUCCCCUACCCCAAGUGGAACAGUGUGUUUGACCAGCUGACACAGGUAGUGAAAGGAGACCCACCACAGCUGAGUAACUCAGAGGAAAGGGAGUUUUCCCCAAGUUUCAUCAACUUCGUCAACUUGUGCCUUACAAAGGACGAGUCCAAAAGGCCAAAGUACAAAGAGCUUCUGAAACAUCCCUUCAUCCUGAUGUAUGAGGAACGCACAGUGGAUGUUGCAUGCUAUGUUUGUAAAAUCCUGGAUCAAAUGCCAGCAACUCCCAGCUCUCCAAUGUACGUGGAUUGAUACUGCUGCUACAUCAAACUCUAGAAAAAGGGCUGAGAGAAAACAAGCUGUAAAGAAUUUUCAUCACAUAUUGCAGUGUUUUUAAUGCUCGCCCAGACACCAUGUGCAAUAAUAUUGGUGUUAUUUCCAUCCUGUCUGUAUACUGUUGUCACAUAUAAAGUGCAUCCCUGUAAUACCUGAUCACACAGUGUUAGUGUUGGUCACAGAGAGACCUCAUCUUGCUCUUUUGUGGACAUAUUCAUGAAAUGUGGAAAUAAGUACAUAUAUUUGUUGACUGUGAUUGGAUAGCACCUAAAAUUCAUUUCUAGACUCAAAACUUUGAGACUCCUCAGCAGCUACUGGAAAGAUUUUUCUCUCAAACUCUUCCGAUUGUUGUUUCAAGUAAUAAUAAAAAACAAACAAACAAAAGUUAGGUGUUGUCUGUCUGAACAUUAAGAGACUUUGCCUGGAGGGAGAAGAACUUGCUUAACCAACGAGAUGCUUUGCCUUCUGGAGCUGGAAAGGCAAAGGAGAAUUUUAUUCUUCACAAAGUGCAAUAGAUUUACUGCUAUGAAAUUCUGUUGCUUUACAGUCGCAGUGUACUUUUCUGGGGACAGUGUGCUCAGCUGAACUUCCUGUUAAAGAGAGAUCAUGUUAAAUAUAGUGAAUAUGUCUUUACCAAAAAUACGUUGCGUUGAAAGAGGCUAACAUUAAACUAUUGAGAUGGGACAUAAUGUAUUCUUCCUCCUUUUACCAAGCCAGCCACUCUUCACUCUUAACUAGGUGUCCUGUAAAUUGUUACCUGGUAAGAUAAGACCUUUGACCUGAAGAAUUAUUAAACUACUUGAUUGAAUUUAA